GGCGGGACAAAAACAAUUUUGGGCAGAAAUCACAUGACACCAGAGUGAAACACAAGCGCCUCCUUGUUUUCAUAGUUACAAGUGAUCGCUCUAAGCAAGCCGAGUUAGUAUGUAGUGUCAAAUUCAACUUUUACUCUCACUCUCCGGUGAUAUGACAGAUUAACUCAGCAUGUCGAUGGAAAGCUCAAAGUCGUUUAAGUUCACCUUCCAGUCAUCUGUGCACAGUUCCCAUGUUCUGCAAUGUCUGAAUGAGCAGAGGAAGAAAGAUCUUCUGUGUGAUGUGACUAUUGUGGUGGAGACCCAGAGUUUCCGGGCCCACCGGGCAGUUCUGGCGUCCUGCAGUGAUUACUUCUGCGCUCGUGUGUCCAGUCAUACACCUGAAGGAAUUGUCAUCAACCUUCCUGAUGAGGUUACCUCAGAGGGGUUUGAACCCUUGCUGGAUUUUGCAUACACCUCAAAACUCAUCUUUACCAAAGAGAAUGUGCUGGAAAUCCGUAACUGUGCUUCUGUUCUUGGUUUCAAGAACUUGGACAAAGCCUGCUUCGACUUCCUUCUCCCCAAGUUCUUUGACAGCAGCCGAAACACAUCAAAAGUCCAGAAGAAGUGCUGUAAAACCAAAUGCUGCAAAUCACGAGGGGCUGAAUUGAGCUCGGUUAACAAGGAUGAUGUUAUUGAUGAAGAUAAAUCAUUACUUCAACCCUCACAGAUUCAGCUUAAAGCCAAAGAGACAUCUUGCCCUCCAUCAGUGGCCAUUGAGGAUGUCGCAAAAGGAUGUUACAGUGGAAAAGAGACAGAUUACUCCCUCCUGUGCCCGAAGUACCGCAAGUUUCAAAUAGCUUGCGGAAAGGAGCGAUCCUGUCUGGAUGUCUGCGACUCGACACCUAUGUCCCUUGACAAGACAGAUGACGACUGUCCUUUAAGCUCAAGCAAUGAAGACUGCAAGGAGACAUUUGCGUGCAAUAAAACACCUCCCGUUGACGAUGAAGAUUCUCUUCUGCCUGAAUUUUGUCCUCUGAAUUCUGGUCCUUGCACAGGCCAGCCAUCAUUUCCAACCUUUAAUGAGUCGGCACAUUCCAUUUGUGACUCAGGAGACCUGGCUAAACGGGGAAUGUCCCCUCACUCAGGAAUAGAUGAUGCUGAGAGAACAUACAUGGAGUUUCGGGAUGACCAAAGCAAUGAACAGAGGAGCAGAGAGGAAAUAGAGGUGGCCAAGCAGCUUACGUUCUGGCCGGAUUCUUGUCAGGCGUCUCCCUCUGGCCUGGGCUUGGUGGCGAAGGCCUCAAAUUGUCUGAAAAGCUGGUACCUGGAUCCCAGAGCAUUAGAGUGUCCAUUUAUGCAGAACUUUGGUGCAGUGGGUGCUCAACUACAUGAUGGAGAGGGGGGAUCCACGUCACAGGGUAGUCCGUACUUACCCUCCAACCAAUCAGGGGAGGACUCAGAUAGUUUUGACACAGAGGGGGACAGUGAGUCUUACAGCAGCGAAGUGAGCAGAGUGUGUGAGAUGGCGCUGCCGCUCUCUGUGGAUCAGAUUGUGUCUCUGAGCAGGAACGAUUUCCAGCAGAUGCUGAAGCAGCAGUGCUUGACACGGGAGCAGCUCGAUGUUGUGCAUGACAUCCGCAGACGAAGCAAAAACCGUAUUGCAGCCCGUCGCUGCCGCAAGCGGAAACUUGACUGCAUACAAAACCUGGAGUGUGAAAUUGAGAAACUGAGGAGUGAGCGAGAGAAGCUGACAGCUGAAAGGAUGAAGCUGAAUCAGAUGAAGCUGAAGGCCUGGCAGAGUUACUCAGGCCUGUACGAGAGGGUCUGUGCUGAAGCCGCCCUCAAACCCGAGCAGCUACAGGUGCUGGCCAAAUAUUCCUCUCCGGACUGUCCGCUGUCUGCUUUCCUGUGCCCCUCUCCAGACUCUCAGAGCACCGAGGCACACCUGUCCCAGUCUUCAGACCUUUCCACGCACACCUGUUGCUCAGGAGCCAAACCACCAGUUAAAUCCUCAGUGGAAAACAUCAUUGCACAAUCAAGCUCACAGAACCUGUUACCUCUUGGGGUCGUAGAAGUUCAGUCACGUACCUGUCCACCUGACGCCUCGGCUUUUGAGAAAAAACAUCACCUCAGCUAUACACAAACUCGCCCCAUGUUGCAUCACUGACAGAAAUGGGCGUUAGGAACCUGAUCUUAUGAAACACCUUGUUCAAGACUGAGGGAAUAAUUUACCAGGAUGCUGAAUAUCUAAAGUGAUUCUGCACGUCCUGGUCUUGUCUGUCAUGAGAUGCUCAAGGCAUGAAGGCCACAGCUCUAGAAAUGCCGCUGGGGAUGUGGGCGGCGGAUAAAGCCACAUCAGUGUGAGCGGUGAAUUAGCUCCCGGCUGAUUAUGGUUAUCCUGUGGGCUAAUUUCAGACACGUCAGGGUGUGCAACAAGAAAUGAAAGUGUUCUUGAUCUCCUUGAAAACCGUACUAAAUUUCUGAGCCGCAUCGGUGCUGGAUUGAGGUCAAGGGUUUGGGCAGAUGGUUUGGAAGUAACCAGUAGAUGGGCGAAUGAGGGAAAAGAGUUGAUAUUUCUUUAAAUAACGCACAGCCCUUACAGAUACGAGAGUGUGUGGCUAACGCGAAGAACAUAUGUCAUCCCCGAGGAGCCGCCCGCUCUCUAAAUCUGUUGAUAAGGACGUGCCAGUGGAGGAGAUGGAAUCGCUUCUUUGCAGCUGCCGGGAUUGGACUCCGUAAAAGAAACAGAAGGCCUUGUGCAUGCAGAUCAAUGAUAAAAAUAGAACAGAAAGACAAAAAGCAGGACAAGAUCAGUAACAUGCAAAUGAUCAAUAUGGUAACAAAAUAUAAGCAGCCUUCACAUGCAACAAAAAUAAAAAUCGUGCUAAAAUAUGCAUGCAGUUAACAAACGUACAUUAGCAUUGGAUCCGUACCAUCAGUAUGAUACUAACUUCUUAGACUCAAAUAAUACUUUAAGCAACAAAUAGAGUUAAAGUAGAGCUUUUGUUGUUAAUUUUAUCAGCUAUUAUUGUAUUUAUAGAGGAAUGUACAUAUGUACAUAUAUGUAUAUAUUUAUAUAUUUUAUAUAUUCUAAAUGAAACCAAAGCCAAACCAAUUUACUUUGCAAUAAUUUAUAAAUAAUCUUUCCCCAAACUUUGCUUACAUUAACAACAUUACUGUAGGUGUCUGAUGGCCCUCUUUUUAAAGUCUGAAAAUAUGAUAUUUCAUACUUGUCGAAUUUCAAUGAUAAUUAAAUGCUGCUAUUUAAAGACAGAGUGCAUCCCAUCUGGAUUUUAUCUAUAGAUCAAAUUAAACAAUUAAAAUGUCAAUGCAUUACAGACAUAUUUAAUGACUGUUGUGCAUUAAUACAUUUUACACUUCACAUCACUUUUUCAUCCAGAUCAGGUAAUAAAAUUUACAAGAGGAUGAUAUUUUACUACAGUAAGUUUUUGUCACUUUGGUACUUUCGCAAAGCACUAUGCAUGUCAUGCAAAACAAGCAAGCUAACCAAAAUAGUCUCACAAAUGUAGAAGUAGAACACCUGCAUGAUAAACAGCAUGUGCUUUAAGUCUGCGACAGGUUCCUGACCAGUGGGCUGCUGCAAAAACAUCCCGCAAGUGUCUCAUUUGUGUUUACAUGGCUCAUUUCGGCUGUGACAGCGGUGAGGUACUGUAAUUAGCUCCUGUAAGAUUCAGACCCCGUGGGGCCGUUCUACCAGCCUCCCACUCACCUCUUCAAUAUCGCUGUUUUUGCGCGACUUGUAGAUGAACUCUCCGAUGGCCACAAACACGGACAGAACGAGACCGGCAGCCAGCACGAUGAAGAUGCCACCUAUGUUCUCCACACCCAGGGCACUGGCUUCUUUAUUGUCCUCCUCAGGGCAUCCGUUGCCUCGCCACCAUUUUUCCUUCAUCAUGUGCAGCUUUCCCUCUUCCUGAAGCUGCAGGAUGGCGAUGGUCACCUUGUCUCGGUAGGGUGAGCCUGUUAACAACCACAGUUGUUCAGGUGUGGCCAAAAGAAACCACACAGGAGAGUUGAGAGUCCUACACAAGUGCA